ACUGAUAUAUCCGGCGUAGCCAAUUUCCCUCGCGGCAGUCGGCCGAAGCGUGCAACAAGAUCCCGACUCGACCUCACUUGAUCUCACUUAAUCUCAAACCCACACUACAGGACUCUGGAACCAUGUCGAAAAUCAGUGGAGCAGAAGUAGCAAAGCACAACAGCAAAAAUGACUGUUGGAUGGUUCUCGAUUCAAAGGUGUACGACGUUUCAAAGUUCGUGUUUGAACAUCCGGGUGGAGCCACGAUCCUCCUAAAGAACGCUGGGUCGGAUGCAACAGAAGAGUUUAAGAUAUACCAUCCGCUGACUUAUGUGGAUGACUACCUACCCAAGGAUGCCUAUCUAGGACCCAUCGAUGCCAACACCUUGGGAGAGCUUCGCCAAAUCAAAGCUGCAGGGCCAAAGAAGCCAGCAGAAGCCGACCCAAACUCCAAUGAGAUUCCACACGUCAAUCUCUGCGUCACCACCAUGGACUUUGAGCCAGUGGCAAAGGCGGUCAUACCUCACAAGUCAUACAUCUAUGUCUCUGGAUCCGCAAACACGGGCGCAUCCAUCAGAGGCAACAUCGGCGACUGGGAGCGCGUCACCUUCCGCCCGCGCGUCCUGCGCGAUGUAGCCAAAGUGGACAUGAGCCGCAAGAUUGCUGGAUGCAGCUCACCGUAUCCAUUCUACAUCUGCCCCAUGGGAACAAUGGGUGCGAUCCACGCAAAUGCCGAGCCUGAAAUGAUACGAGGCGCUGUGCGCAAAGGCAUACACAAGGUUGUCAGCACCGCAAGUAGCAAGAAGAGCGAAGCCAUCAUGGAGAGCUAUGUCGAAGAGCAAAAGAAAGUUGGAAACAAGAGCCCGACACAGCUUUACUACCAAUACUACAUGCCCGAGGACAGGAAGAAGGCCGUCGAGCUCAUCCAUAUUGCGAAGCGCUGUGGGUACAAGGGGCUGUGGAUGACAGUCGACACGCCUGUGCUAGGAAAGCGUACCGCUGAUCGUUACCUGCAGGCCGAGGAGGCUGUCGCGUUCGGCGUCGUUGAAGAGCUGCCUUCCAUGUGGGAAGCCGGCGGUGACAAUGACUUUGCCCCGGCAAUGGGCGGACGCCCCGCCAUGGGCCAAUUGAGCGCCAACAUUACAUGGAAAGACAUUGAAUGGAUCAGCAGGGAAUGGGGCGGCCCCAUUGUGCUCAAGGGUAUCCAGUGCGCAGAGGACGCCAAGCUCGCGCUGGAAUACGGGUGUGCAGGCAUCUUGCUCAGCAACCACGGCGGCCGACAAAUGCACACGGCACCUAGUGCGCUCAUGACGCUGCUCGAAAUCCGCACCUACUGCCCAGAGGUCCUGGGCAAACUGGAAAUCUACCUCGAUGGCGGGCUCCGAGAUGGCAACGAUGUGCUCAAGGCCCUGUGCUUGGGCGCGACGGCCGUCGGCGUGGGUAGGCCCUUCCUGUACGCACUCGGUGCGUAUGGAGCAAAGGGAGUGGAGAGAUGUGUCGACAUACUCACUGACGAGCUGGAAACGGGCAUGCGCUUGCUGGGCAUCACGUCGCUGGAUCAGUGCAGACCGGACAUGGUCAACGCCACUCGCUUGCUCAACGAAAUGUGGCGACCCGAGCCGCUCGGUGCAAAGAGCAGGCUGUAAUUAGACUGCAUUGUGUAGUAGUAGUAUGGAGUUGAGCCAUCAAAAC